AAAUUUUAAUACUCUGUGUUGGUGUCCGUGGUGGUGUAUUUUUGUAUUGUAAUUUUGCUCAUUUUAAAAAUAUUUUUCUGUCGGUCGUUAGCUUAAAAUUAGUGCAUUGCAUUUGCAUAUUUAACAAUUCCGUAUUUACGUAAAAUUAGGUCGCAAGUAUAUAUUAUAGCUCUUGAAUAUCAACACUCACUCUUGAAUAUCACUCUUCAAAAUAUUUAUCUGCCAGACGUUAAUUAAAUCGCUUUAUCAUGAAAAUUAUCAUAGAAGAGGUAACAAAUUUACAUAAUGAUUGCUUGCGAUAAAACUUAUGUGUGAACCAUUGUAUCACCUGAUAUCUUAUCAGUAUAGAACGUUAGUUAGCAACAAGAAACAAUGGAACAUUUUGGUCUGUCUCACAUACUCUUAGAGCCGGAUAAAUACAAUGCAGAUACACUGGACUUGCUCACAGACGAAGAAGCCAGAGAUUACUGGCUUAAUGCUUGCGAGAAGCUUGUUGAUAAAUAUGUACAUUAUGCCUUGGCCAACACUGAAGACCCUACAACUGAGAUUAGAGCAUUGAAAUUCAAAACAUGUUAUGUAGAAGCCCUAAAAGAGCUCCGAACUAAUCCUCUAGCUCAUGGACAGUUGAAUGUACGCUUGCUUCUUGACAUCAACGAAACAUGUCUUCGUUCUCAGGGCUUUUUUGAUUUAUGGAAGCAACAAAAGCAAUAUGAAAAUGAUGCCGCCCUGACUAGUCUUAAGGACAGACUGUCUGAGAUUGAUAGCCUCCCCGACGACAGGCAAAGGUGGACUGAACUCUGUAGAGGGGUCUUAGCAGGUAAUAUGUUUGAUUGGGGAGCCACAGCCAUAACCGCCAUAUUAGAAAAGGAAGCAGUAUUUGGGUUACAAGAAGCUUUAGAUAAAAUUCAGAAAAGGCCAUGGCUAUUUGAUGGCUUAGAGAAAUGGCUUGAUAAAUUACAGAGAACAGUGCACCAUUGUGCUGCCAUAUUUGUAGAUAACAGCGGUGUUGACAUUGUAUUAGGAAUAUUACCAUUUGUGAGGGCACUCCUACUCAGAGGGACCUCGGUCAUACUUUGUGCCAACGAGUGGCCCGCACUCAAUGAUGUUACCAAUGUGGAACUGGAGACAAUACUGCAGAGGGCAGCGGGACUGUGCCCAGUGUUAGCAGCUGCCCUUGCUACAGGAGAUUUAGUUGUAAGGUCUAGUGGCCAAAGAGGUCCAUGCUUGGAUCUCAAGACUAUUAGCAUAGGUCUAAGCUCCGAGUUCCGAGCGCGCGGCGUAGACUUAAUAAUCUUGGAAGGCAUGGGCCGAGCCCUCCACACCAACUUGAACGCGCGGCUCGCGGUGGACUCCCUCAAGGUGGCCGUGGUCAAGAACAGCUGGCUGGCCCAGCGCCUCGGCGGACCCCUCUUCUCAGUCAUUUUCAUAUACGAAGACAAACCCACCCACACAUAACAACUAUAUUUGCCAUAGUAUUAAGUGUUUAAUAAGUCAAAAGUGAAAUCUAAUGGAGUGAUGACUCAUUAUUAAUGUAUCCAUCAAUCCCCCUUGUAAAUGUUGACGAUGCAAUUAUUAAGUGUACAGACGUGACUAACAGUAGAUGUGAUGAAAUCUAGUGGCGUUGUGGAAUAUAUUGCGUGUUACUCUGA